AUGUCACCACAUCCAUGGGGAUCUCCACAAGCAGAGGCAGGUCGCGACAGGGCCAAGCUACGCAGGAUAGCAGAUAUAUGGCCUUAUAGAGAUGAGGCUGAGGAAGAGACUUUCUGGAAGGCGAACCUGGCAGGGACUCGCCGCAAGUUUAGCGGAGGAGGCUUCGUCUUUGGCAUCCCUACCCCAUGGACCAGUCUUACGAAAGUGCUCAGCCAAGGCUACGUUGCAGAUACUCGUGGUCUGGACUCCAUUAUUCGGCAUGAUGAGGCAUUCGGCUGGCUCGCACAAAGGCAACCGACCCACAAAUUUUGUCCAGCAACA